AUGGAGUCCGGCCCAAAUGAACCAAUCGACCCGCACGGAGCAGACGAUCCUGGCCAAAGGGCUAUAAGCCAGUGGGGCCUCGCUUCCACGAGGCCGGGAAUCCGCCUCCACCUCCUCCGUAGCGGCCAAUCUCCAAUCGCGCCGGCUGCAGAAAUCGUGCACGGAUGCCAAUCCCCCUCCCUCUCAGAGGCAACGGCCCCCUCGUUCCAGAAUGCCGAUCCCGAUCGUUUCCUUUGCCUAAAGAGGCUGGUCCCUUCAUGUUUUCCCGUGGCGGUGGUGGCUACGCCCACCACCGCCUUUUCCAACGCCGUUCGACCAGACUAUGCGACGGAGAUCUUCAGGAGAACCAAAAAGAGGCAGGAGACAGGAAUCGACGGCCACCAGAUCCCCCUUUUUGACCGAUCGACCGCCGUCCUUUCGGGCACCUUCCUUAUUGGCGCCCGUCCGCACGGAGGGCGGCCUCCGUGGCUAACUCCAGUGUGA